CUUUUUCUCCAGAGGAAGAAACUAAUGUAAAUGCAGAUGACCAUGCAGAAUGCAGUUCAGGUGUGGUUUGGAGAUGACCUUCCCUUAAGUCCCCGAAGUCCCUUGACUCCCAGACAUGGGCCAGGUUUGGCAGAUGUGUGCCUGUAUGACCAAUGGAUAUCGGUGCGGCAUGAAGCAACUUUGGUGCCUAUGCAAGAAGAUCUGUCAAUCUGGCUGUCUGGCUUGCUGGGAAUAGAAAUCAAAGCAGAACAACUGCUUGAAGAACUUGAUAAUGGGGUACUGCUCUGCCAGUUGGUUGGUGUUCUUCAAAACACAAUUAAAAAAUGUUGUAGCUCAAAUAACUUAAGGAAUUUUCCUAUGAGAAAAGUUCCAUGUAAGAAGGAUGCUGCAUCAGGAUCUUUUUUUGCCAGAGAUAAUACAGCCAACUUUCUUAACUGGUGUAGGGCCAUUGGAGUUGAUGAAACUUACCUCUUUGAAUCUGAAGGUUUAGUUUUGCACAAGGAUCCAAGACAAGUGUAUCUUUGUCUGUUGGAAAUUGGACGCAUUGUAUCUGGGUAUGGAGUUGAACCUCCUGUACUGGUAAAACUAGAGAAGGAAAUUGAGCUAGAAGAAACACUACUGAUGACCUCUGGACCGCCGUCACCUGUUAGCACAGCCAAGUCAUGUUGUCACCAUGGGGAGCUACAUGAGGCAGUUAAACAUAUAGCAGAAGAUCCUCCCUGUAGUUGUUCCCAUCGAUUUUCGAUUGAAUACUUAUCAGAGGGACGUUAUAGACUGGGAGAUAAAAUACUCUUCAUACGAAUGCUACAUGGCAAACACGUGAUGGUACGUGUUGGUGGAGGCUGGGACACUCUUCAAGGUUUUCUGCUCAAGUACGAUCCAUGCCGAGUGCUUCAGUUUGCAACUCUGGAACAAAAAAUCCUGGCGUUUCAGAAAGGGGUCACCAGUGACAGUGUCCCCAGUUCAACAGCCAGAAUUCAGGAACCUCCCAUCAUGAAUCCGAUGUCAGCUGUCAAUAUGUUUCAAAAGCAGCCAUCAAAACCCCCUACUCCUGUUUCAGCUGUAAAGGCUGUCCAUGCUGCCAGUGCCAAGAAGGUUGUAUCUACACGUCCUCAGUCCCCUGCCCUGGCGUCACCGAAAGUGCCAGCACACCCCUCCUCUGCAGCCAAGUCAGUCAGGUCCAAAUUACAAGGGUGUUCAGGGACAGGUGUGCAGUCUCCUUUCAAACCAGUAGCUGGCACCUCAAAGAAACUGGAGCCUCGUUCACACAACUCGCCAGCUCCUUCUCAGCCUGUAAGCAAGAGCUCUUCAUCUGCAGGAGCCCGAACAGCUCUUGUGCACUCCGAAACGUUGCGCAAACGUAUUCUGUCCCCCGAUGCUCCCGAGGCAAAAUUUGCCCUGGCUCAGGGCUCCCCCGCACCAGUGCUGCGUCCUGCCCCAUCAUCCUCUAAAAAACAGCCAUCUCACUUGCCUGGCACAGCUAAAACCAUGGCCUCAAAACAGAAGCAUGUCGCUGCUAAAUGCAAACCUGUAUCUGUCACUAAAACCAAAACGAGUUCAGUUGCUCCGAGGGCUGCUCGGGCGCCUGUUACAAAUCUGCAGGCUGUUGCCAAGUUUGCACAUUCUCAGCAGCUCCUUGCAAAACUUCCUUCUGAAAAUACUAUUGAGGCCUCAGGAACUGGGUCUCAGCAUCAUCGAAAAGCUCCACAAACAGCUGACCUGGCAAGGAACCUGAAAAGUGCUCCAGUCCUUAAACACUCAGCUUCUGCUCCUUCUCUUGCAGUUAGCAAAACAUCAAAGUCACCACCUAUGCUGGUAUCUAUGAGCAAAAACCUAUCAACUGUCAGUAAGCAGCCAAAUGUCAGUAAAUCUCCUCAGGUUGGACCCGCUUCAUCCAAACCUCCUGAACGCACUCCCUUAUCUGUUGUACGGCUUCCUCAAACUUCAGCCAAAGCAACAGUGACCAAAAAGCCAGUACAGCCUUCCACAAAAAGUCAGCCUUCAACCAAAAGCUUGCAAUCAAACGAAAGCUUGGCCCCGGCAGCCAAGAAGCCUCUCCCUAAGGGAAAACUGGCAGUGACAUGUAACAAAGGGAUGCCUGGGGUAUCAAAAGGUCCUCUUAUGAAGAGCAGGCAAGAUGAUCACUAUUUUGUUAUGACAGGGAGUAAAAAACCCAGAAAGUAAACUUAUUUGUUACUUUCUGUGGAAGUCUUCUUUAUUUUUGUUCAAUUGAGUGUCUAAGUAUCUGCUAUGCUGAGGACAAGGAAAAAAAGUUAACACUACAUUUACCAUGAAAUAUUAAGUGUAACAUACUUUUUGCUGCAUAACUUACAGUAAAAACUGUAUUUAUUUUGCAGUUUAUUUUGAUAUAUUUAGAAGUGAGCUUGCUGCUUGGUUGCUGUGCAGCACAGUGGAAUAGAGAACAUCCCUGUUUGCUGCUAGCCUGACCUGCUGCGUGAAAGGCAGGAGAGAGGAAAGUGGAGCUAAGGCUGCUGCUUUUGCUGCUGAUUUUUAAGGGAGUGAAGUCUGCCUGAGAAAUGUCUGCCCAGGGCAGAGCCUGGGCGAUUCAGGUGGUUCUGGAUUGAGGCCUGUGGCAAGCGAUAGAGCUCUGUACAAGCUGUAAAAGUGCUAAUACCUCAAACAAAACUGUUUCUUAGCUCAUCAGUGUCCCAGAACUCAAACUGGAGUAAUUUACAUAUAUUAGAAAGAAAAGCAAACCUCUAGUCGUGUUUAGAUUUGACAGCUGCCACUGUCAGUGUUUACUGUGCCCCCCCAUAUGCCUUAAAGCGGCUUCAGCUUGUUGGAAGUGGAGCCACAUUGUUUUGUGUUAAGUCGGACAUGGAAAAUCAUGGCCUCGAUUGCUCGCUCUCCUUGUGCCUUAGCCUCUCAAGUGCAUGACAGAUCUCUUCAGUGAACAAUGCCACUUUUAAAACCCUGGGCAGAUGACCUUGCUUAUUUCAUGUUCAAAACUGACUAUAAGUGAGCCCAGUAUUUUCUAGAAAGCUCUUGCUGCAUGGAGAGAAGUGCCUGAGUUGCUGGGAGGAUGCUUUGCCCUUGGAUGGAACUCUAGGGCAGCUCCUGCUCCAGGGACACAGAACUGCGAGUACUGGCCUGCACUGGCAGAGCCUUACUGCUCUUCAGGAGUGGCCUUUACAUGUAAAACUUAAUUACUAAAUACUUGUGGUGAUACAGCUUAAUUUUUGUCUGUAGUUUUAGUCUGCAGUGGCUUUUUUUAUUUCUGGAGGCCUCCUUACUGGCUCUCCUGUACUGCUUUCCCAAAGAGGUAAUGAGGGACAUCUUAAGAGUGCCAGAAAGCUAUGCACUAUUUAUGCUCAAUUCCUGAAGGCUUUCAGUGGGUUAAACAUCUGUGGUGCCCAACACCUUUACCCUUAAGGGAAGUGAGUUUCACGCAGAUUAAUAAAAACUACUGCUUUUGGGAGUAGAACUGUUUAGGAUAUUUUGGGUUUAAUCAACAGUUUUUCUUACAAACACCAAGGAGCUCUGAAGAUCUGUGAAGAGAAAGUACAGACUUCCACAGACUAUCACUACUUCCCUCCAUUCCUUUGGUAUUUACUUAUGGGCAGGAGAAGGUUUUGCGUGGAAACUACAGUUUCUAAUUUUUUAUAUAUAUAUAAUUAUUUUUUUCUCUGUGGAACUAUAGUAAGCAUCAUAAACUAAUCAUGAGUUCUGAUGUGCAGUGGCAAAGUCACUGAGCUGCCUUUCUGAGCACCUUUGUUAGCUUUUUUUUUAAUUUAUGAUUCUAUUUAUGCAUAUCUACUGUACAAUACUGCUUACAACCUGCUGGGAGUAAACAGUAAAUAACCAAACUGUAGAAAGAAAACAGUUCACUUUUAAUAACAUGGACAAAAGUUCCACAAGCUCACAUACAGAGUUGUAUGUUUGGGCAAAGCUUAGGCUUACUUGUUUUACAAAUACACUGGUCAAAGCCACUACUGCCAAUGUUAAGAGCAGUACUGAGUGUAGGAGACUGCUUUCAGGUUUGAUAAAUUUGGCACAUAGUUUCAUAUGCUGAAAGCAUUUUACAUUAGAUGAGCUGCUUUUCAUUUUGGGCUUCCAAACAGUGAGCUGUGAUGUGAUAUAGCACAUGCAGAUUAAAAGCUAAAUUAUUGGGGUUUCUUUCUGUACUGUCAGGCUGACAUGGAGUCAACUUUCUUCAUAGCAGCCCAUAUGGUGCUAUGUUUCGGAUUUUUGGCUAAAACAGUAUUGAUAAAAAUGUUUUGGUAACUGUUGAACAGGCCUUGCAUGGGGCCAAGGCUUUUUCUUUUUCCCACUCUGCCCCCACAGUGAGUAGGUUGCAGUCAGCAGGAGACUGGGAUGGGACAUGGCUGGAACAGUUAACCUAAACUGGCUAAAGGGCUAUUCCAUACCAGGUAAUAUCAUGUUCGCUGAUAAAAACUAGGGAAGAGCAAGAAGGAGGGGUGUGUGUGGAGGUGGAUUCAAAGCUGGCCAUUGCAGAGUGGCCUAUGGGAGGCAGUGAGUGAUUGCCUUUGCAUCACCUGGUGGUUUGGGUUUUUCCCCCUCUUUCCUUCACUUAUUAAACUGUCCUUAUCUCAACUUGCAAGUUCUCUUGCUUUUGCUGCUUAUCCUGCUGGGAAUGGAGGGGACAGAGAGCAAGUGAGCAUCUGUGUGUGUGCUUGGCUGCUGGCUGGGAUCAACCCUCAACAUCUUUUGAAUCGUUUACAAGUUUUUAUAGUAGUAAUUUAAAC